AUGACCCAAAAUCCAGGGGUCUUCGAAACCGCAACGACGGUAGCUUCUUGCAGGCGGCCGGUGUUUUUUUGUCGUCCCUUGCGUUCAGGGCUGAGUGCAUGCUUCCUCGUGGUUUUCCUUUGCAGUUUCCGUGUUCAAUUUUUAGUUGCCGAACAAAACCAGUGUACACAGGCUAAGUCGGUUUUGCAACUCGAUGCAAAAGACAACACGACAGUUACUUUUUCCUGUGGGAGCGGCGUCGGACAUCUGUAUCCCCCUCCCCCAGGCAACUCCGGUGGCAAGAAGGUCUGCGAGACGUCGGCUUGCACGGAUGCCGUAGACGUCACACUCACAGGUGUUAAAUGGAACCCGAAUUCCAACGGCGGUUCGAUUACCACCGCAUCGGUUCCGCAAGCGAGCACAAUUUAUGUAAAAUGCACCUCCACGCCCACGCAACAAGAAACAGUCACACAUGACGCCAGGGGACCCGGCCCCCAGGGAACUGAAGAGAAAAACUGCACGGUUCAGAUUUCAAUUUGGGGACCACCGAAGCAAGGAUCGGCUGAUUACCCUGAACCCAGUAAGUUUGCGAGCAAUUCCCUGCGACCACAACUCUUCACAAUACGCCUCAAUUGCAAACGCGGGUGUGAUUUCGCUAUUGAGCUCCCAUAUACUGUUCUGGUGUUUGCUGUGUUUUUGCUUGUGGUCUUCUGUCCAGGCACCUGCAAGGACGGUGAUACUCUCAAUCUUCAAAUUACCUCUGCCAAUCAAUCGGUAACCUUUGCUUGCGGAGCCAACCAAAAUCUUACUCCACAACUUUUUGAUAAGGUCUGUGAAACCGACACAUGCGAUUCCCAGGCCCUGCUAGCACACACCCUUUCCGGCGCCUCCAUGGUGCAGCAUGCCUCCCAAAAAGGAAAAACAGACACCUCAGCCUACACGCUGACAGUACCAAACCUUCCAGAUCAAGCCAAGACACUUUACUAUAAGUGCGCGGGCACCGCCAAGCAAGGUAGUAAAACGACAGAAUGCAAAAUAGCAAUCGCAGUCGCGAAAGCAGAAGCCGGCGACGGAUCAAGUGGACCGUCUUCUGAAACCACAACGAUACCCCCCGAGGCCUCUGGAAGUAGCGCUGGAAAAUGGAGCACGACACGUAUCGCCUCUCUCUUCAGUCUUCCUCUACUGUUGACAAAUAUGAUGUGA